GAUAAGACUCGACCAACGAAGAUUGUGAUUGUUUUGCACGAACCGCGGACAAUAUUGCUACAAGUUAUACAAACACGACCUUGAAUAGUGAGGAAUCAAAGAUAUAUUUUGUCGAAUGAGCGUUUUUUUACAAAGUGCCGGUUAAUCAAAACAAUCGUGAUCGCAUACCGUGACACGCUCAAUCGAUUGAUGGCGCAAUAUAGUCUCGAGCUUUGUUUCCGGGUAGCUUUUCUCGCUGUACUUCUUCCUCUGGCUUCAGGAGCUUGUGUUGAUUUAGAUCUUGGAAUGGGAAGGGGAACAAUUCCAAACAGUAAUAUAACUGCUUCUUCUGUACGAAGUGCCAACACACCAGCCAAGAAUGGUCGACUGAACUACACAUCAGGACCGUCAUGGUGUGCAGGAAUAAGUGACACUAACCCAUAUCUACAGAUUGAUCUACAGACACUUCAUAUCAUCUGUGCUGUGUCCACUCAAGGGAAUUCUAAAGCAGAUCAGUGGGUGAAGAAUUACACACUAAAAUUUUCCAUAAAUGGAACAACUUGGACAAACUACAAGGAAGGUGGACAAGUGAAGUUUCUCAGAGGAAAUGAUGACAGGAACUCAGAAGUGAAGCAUGUUGUUUAUGGAGUGUUAGCAAGAUAUCUGCGAUUCCUGCCACAAACACACCAGGGUGAGGUGUGUAUGAGAACAGAGGUGUUUGGAGUGAAACAAAAGCAAACUUGCAAAAUGGAGGCCAUUGGUCUGGCCUAUGGUGGUAAAAUUCCAGACAGCAGCUUCACAGCCUCAACACAUGUUGCGCAUAAUCGAUAUAUACCCUCUAAAGGGCGUCUUAAUGGAGGUGAUCGGGGAUGGGGACCCAAAGAUAGAAAUGUAGCUGGUGACUACCUACAAAUUGAUCUGCUGUAUGAGUAUAUUAUCUGUGCAGUAGCUACUCAAGGAGCUAAUGGUAUUAAUGAGUGGACAAAAAACUACAAGAUCCAGUUGUCAUUGAAUGGUAGCAGUUUUGUCACCUACCAAGAAGACAAUGUUGACAGGGUCUUCACUGGAAACUCAGAUCAAAAUACCGUAAAAACAAACAGUCUGCAGGAAUUUGCAAGUGCAAAGUUUAUCCGCUUUUGGCCAAUGAUGUUUAAUAGUUGGAAGGUUCUUAGAGUGGAAGUUUAUGGAGUACUUCUAACUAAAGUUCCAUCCAAACCUCCUACUGAUUUCAAGUUGACCGCAACCUCUCCUACCAGCAUCAUGGCUUCCUGGCAGUCACCACCAGUCUUUGCCAGACAUGGAAGGACCAUAACUGGGUUUAUACUGUUCUACAAAAAGAAAAGUUCUGGUGUGCCAGUAAUAAGUUUGAAUGUAACAGAUGGAUCAACAUUAAGUAGAAAUGUCACUGGGCUUGAUGAGUACACAGAAUAUGAAUUUCAAGUCCUGGCGUAUACUUCUGAUGGUAUCGGACCAAAAAGUCAUGUUAAGGUGGAGAGAACAAAUGAAGCUGCUCCAUCACAAGCCCCAAGCAGCUUCAGUGUGAGUGCAGUUACUUCUACAAUUAUCACAGCAUCCUGGCAGUUACCACCAGUAGGCUCCAGAAAUGGAAUAAUUAAAGGAUUCAGACUGUUUUACAAAAAGAGAGGCUCUAAGGGACCAACAACCAUCUUGCCUAUAAAGAAUGGAACAGCAUUAAGUACAGAUGUCAGUGGGCUUGACGUUUACACAGAAUAUGAAUUUGAAGUGUUGACCUUUACUUCAGCUGGUGAUGGACCAAAGAGUUCUCCUGUAGUGGUUGUGAGAACCAGGAAAGAUGGUUGCGUUGAGUUCAAUCUUGGAAUGGAAGAUGGAAGAAUUCCAAACAGUGGAAUAAGUGCUUCCUCUUCCAGCACACCAGCCAAGAAUGGUCGACUAAACUACACACCAGGAUCAUCAUGGUGUGCAGGAACAAGUGACAGUAACCCAUAUCUGCAGAUUGAUCUACAGACACUUCAUAUCAUUUGUGCUGUGUCUACACAAGGGAAUUCUAAAGCAGAUCAGUGGGUGAAGAAUUACACACUACAAUUAUCCACAGAUGAAACAACAUGGACAGACUACAGAGAAGGUGGAAAGGUUAAGGUUCUGAUUGGAAAUGAUGACAGGAGCUCUAUAGUAAAGCAUGUUGUUUAUGGAUUGUUGACUAGGUAUCUGCGAUUCCUGCCACAAACUCACCAGGCAGGGGUGUGUAUGAGAACAGAGGUGUUUGGGGUGAAGCAAAAGCCAAUUUGUGAAGAGGAAGCCAUUGGUGUGGCCUUUGGUGGUAAAAUUCCAGACGACAGCUUCUCUGCCUCGACGUAUUACAGUGCUGCAUAUAUACCCUCUUAUGGUCGCCUUAAAGGAGGUAAACGGGGAUGGGGACCCAAGGAUAAAAAUAAAAAUGGUGACUACCUACAAAUUGAUCUGCAGUAUGAGUAUAUUGUAUGUGCUGUAGCUACUCAAGGAGCUCGAGAUACGGCUGAGUGGACAAAAAGCUACAAGAUUCAGUUAUCAUUAACUGGUACCACUUUCCUCUCCUACAAAAAAGACACUAACAACAAGGAUUUUCCUGGGAACACAGAUAGAAAUAGUAUCAUCAAAAACAGUCUACAGGACUUUUCAAGUGCAAAGUAUAUCCGCUUUCAACCGGUAUCAUAUAACGCUUGGAAGGUUCUCAGAGUGGAAGUUUAUGGAAUACUUCUAAGUAAAGUUCCAUCAAAACCUCCUACUGCCCUCAAGUUGACUGCAAAGUCCUCUGCCAGCAUUAAUGCUUCCUGGCAGUUACCACCAGUAAUUGCCAGACAUGGAACCAUUGCAGGGUUUAGACUGUUUUACUCAAAGAAAGGUUCUAGAGAGCAAGCAGUUAAAAACGGAACAACAUUAAGUAUGCUUGUCAGUGGGCUUGAUAAGUUCACAGAAUAUGAAUUUCAAGUGUUGGCCUACACGCCUGGUGGUGAUGGACCAAAAAGUUCUGUAAAAGUGGAGAGAACAAUGGAGGAUGUUCCUUCACGACCUCCAUCUAACUUUACUGUCAUUGGAACCUCUUCUACCAGUGUUACAGCAUCAUGGCAAUUACCACCAGCAGACUCCAGAAAUGGAAUAAUUAAAGGAUUCAAACUGUUUUACAAAAGGAAAGAACUGUCAGGGGCAGGAACCCUCUUUCAAAUCAACAAAGAAUCAACUUUGAGCAAAAAUGUCACUGGUCUUGAUAAGUACACAGAAUAUGAAUUUCGAGUGUUGACCUUCACUUCUGUUGGUGAUGGAGUAAACAGCUCUGUGGUUGUUAAGAGAACAAAAGAAGAUGUUCCUACACAGCCUCCUAGUGGCCUCACUGUGACUGCAACCACUUCUACAAGUAUAACAGCAUCGUGGCAGUUACCACCAGAAGACUCCAGAAAUGGAAUCAUCAGAGGAUUUAAAUUGUUCUACAAAGAGAAAGGCUCUUCAGGGCCACAACGCAUGCAGCGUAUUGACAAUGAGGCAACUCGCACUAAAGAGGUCAUUGGGCUUGAAAAGUUCACGGAAUAUGAAUUUCAAAUAUUGGCAUUCACUUCUGUUGGCGAUGGAUCAAAAAGUACAGCUGUUUUCAUUAAGACAAAGGAGGCUGCUCCUUCACGAUCUCCAUCCCAGUUCACUGUCACGGUGGAAUCUUCGACCAGUAUUUCAGUUUCGUGGAAGUCACCACCAGAAAAAUACAGACAUGGAAUCAUCAGAGGAUAUAAACUGUUCUAUAAAAAGAAAGACUCAGGUUUUGCAACCUCCUUCACUAUUGACAAUGGAAAAACAUCAAAAAUAGUUACUAACCUUGAUGAAUACACAGAAUAUGAAUUUCAGGUGUUGGCCUUCACUUCUGCCGGUGAUGGACUAAAUAGUUCGGUUAAAGUCGAGAGAACAAUGGAAGAUGCUCCCAGUGCACCUAUGUCUUUGUCUUUUGUUGAUGUGCCACCCAGCAAUUUGCAAGGUCCAAGAAUGACGUUGUCCUGGCAUAAGCCUGCAAAACCAAAUGGAGUUGUGAGAAGUUACACUUUGUUUUACAGUCACAGUGGAGGUACACCCAGAGAGAUUUCUGAACUACACAAAGGUGCAUUGAAUCACACAGUUGAUGUGUUGGGUGGAGCGACUUAUCAGUUUCAUCUUAGAGCUGUGACUAUUAAACCUGGAGCAAAUGCCACCAAAACAGUAACUACCAAGGAAUAUGCACCCAGUGUUGGCCCAAAACUUGCUUCACCCUCUCAAGUGAACAAGACCACUUUUAAUAUUUCAUGGGAACCUUUACCAAGAGGAAAGAGUUAUGGAAAUGUGAUACGGUAUGAAGUCAAGGCCAUUUUCUUGAAGAAAGGAAAUUUGCGUAAAAGAUCUGUCAUCGACAGCCCCUCUGUGAAUACCUCAGAUACAUUUGUUGUCUUGUAUGACCUCGAGCUUUGUUCUACAUAUAAUGCUUCUGUUCGAGCUUACACUGGAGCAGGGCCUGGACCUUAUGGUGUACCUUUAGAAUUGGAAACGUCCAGACCUGAAGCACCAGGGGAAUUUAGGGCAACGGCUUAUGGAGCAAACCAGGUUUCACUGGCGUGGAAACAAUAUGAUGAAAAGGAAAAAAUUGAAUACACUGUGAAGUAUACUGGGACAAAGGACUACAAUAAAACGUUCAAAGCUGGUGAGAAGAGUAUAGAAAGAAUAGAGACAACAACGAAGACGGUAACAGAAUUGAUUCCAGGCACCACUUAUGUUUUUAAAGUUCAUGGCAGUUCCAGUUGUGGCGAAAGCAUUUUUAAGAACAUCUCAGUGACAACACAUAUGAAAGCUCCUGAUGCCCCUUUUCCGCAUAAUGUGAGCGAUGUUGAGGUUUCCGGGACAGCUGUUGAUAUUUUUCUGUGGCCUGUUGAACAAAAAUAUGGUCCAAUCAGUGCUUAUCAGGUUAUUGUUCUGAAAGUCGCUGAUGGUGUUGAAGAGCUUCCAGACAAAUAUGAUUCAAAACUGAAAGCUGCAAAUGAUGCUAAGACAGAGGACGUGAAUUUUUACAUCGCUGCUGAGAUAGAAAAUAUCCCAUUACUGGACAAACCUCAGAAAUUUACUGUUGGCGAUGGUGAAAUAACUGAAGAAUAUGUGAAUAAAAAACUUGAAAAAGGAGAAAACUACAUUGUGUAUGAGAGAGCUCUAACUAAAACCGAGACGGUAUGUAAACUUAUUAUGUAAAAAAUAUCACUCUUUUAUUUCAAGUAGGAUCUGACAAUGAUUGUGGUGAAAUGGUCUGUCUUUUCUUUUCGAAAACAUAUCUAAUGUAAUCCCUAUCUACAAGUUUUAUUGCGGAGGAGGCGUAUCCUAAACUCACUAGAGCACUAACUUGCUUCUAUUAAUUGUACAACUGGGUUUACUGACCUCUUUCUGCGGCGAUUUUUAAGAGUAGUGAACUAGAAGUUACUACUGUCUGAUUUGGUACUGCUGUGUUUAAGUGAGGAGGUAGGCUAAUCUAAGCAUGUAGUAACUUUGCAGUUGCUUUCUUUUUGUCUCAGUUGCCUCUUUGGUGCACAAAGCUCGUGCAUUUUUGUUUUGUUUUGUUUUUGUUUUCGUUUAUUUCUCAGGAGGAAUUAAAAGGAAAAGCAAGUAUUGUUGCCAGAAUUUCCAUCAGUUCGACCACUACGGAAGGUGGGAAAAAGGGAAAGUCGAGCGGUUCUAAUGCUG